GGCCCCUUCCUCAUCGUCGCGCCGCUCUCGACGCUGCCGCACUGGAAGCGCGAGGUGGCGGCGUGGGCCCGGCUGCACGCAGUCCUCUUCCACGGCAACAAGGCGGCUCGCGACGCGCUCGUCCGCUUCGAGUGGGCGGUGCCGCCGCCGGGCUGCCGCUGGCCGUCGCACGAGCCGACCGGCAAGCAAGGCGCGCCGCUCGGCUGGUGCGGCACGCCGCGCUUCGACGUGUGCAUCACGUCGUACGAGAUGCUCGUCGCGUGCGCCGAGAUCUUCCGCUCCGUCGAGCGCUGGGCGUACGUCGUGGUGGACGAGGCU